AUGAUUUUAGAAAAUAUUUAGAAGGAAUAGGAUUUAUAGGAUAAUGAUAUGGUAUAAAAAAUUUUGGAAGCCUUUUAAGCCUGUAUAAAAAGGAUCUAAUGGAAGAAAUAAAAGUUUCAAGAGUUAAAAGAUCAAAUGAGGAAGAAAAAUCUUAAAAUUAAAUUGUUUGAAAAUGGUAAUAAUUUCAUCAAUAAAUAAUAUUAUAGAUCAUGAUAAAGAACAUUAAAGAAGUAAAAGAAAUUAUCAAAUAUAGAAACGUAAAAUAAAGAAAUAUGA